GACAACAUACCCUACUAGCAAUCAAUGUAAGAAAUAACCUGAAACACAAAUUCCACACUCUAUUUGAAAAUGGCACCUCCUCGAUCCGGCAACACAUCUAAAAAGUCCAACAAGAAGGAGAGUAGUAAAAAGAAGUCUUCCUCUUCUUCCUCGCAAGCACAACCACGCCGAACCACCAGCAAAACCGAGCCCAACCAACAUCAUCAAAACCAUGAACUUAACAUUUCCACCACCAUCCCGCUGACUCUCCAGCAACUUCUGCUAAAUGUGUUCAAAACUGCCUUGCUCACAAACGGGCACAAUUACCUCCAUAAUCGGGAUGAUGAUUAUGCUACUACGACUGCAGCCACCGCUGAUUCAGCAGAGCAACAGCAACAGCAGGAGCAACUAGACAUCAAGAGUCUGAUCCAGACGAUCAAAGCCCAUUUAUAUAAUCGGGACUUUGACUCCGCUUUUACAGAUGCGAAUGAGGAUUUACUUCGUGCUUAUGCGUUGCGGUGGAGCUCGUCUAGGGCCUUGGGGUAUGCGGGCAUCUUUCGUGCGCUGUUGAAGGAGGUAGUUAAGCCUGUUUCUGAUGAUGCUGAUACUGCUGCUACGAAUAAUGUCGUGUGUAUUGGGGGUGGCGCGGGCGCUGAGAUUGUUGCGCUUGCGGCUGCUUGGAGGGAUUUUCUGGAUGGUGCUGAACUACGCUCUUCUUCUGCUGCAAGUGAUGAGGGCCAGAUUGUGGAUGCUGUUAAGGCGGUGUCUUUGGAUGAUGGGAAAGAAGAAGGGGAUCAAGAAGAAGAGAAACAACAACAAACUUCUACUUCUACUGCUACUGCUACCACCUACCCCGGCCUCUCCGUCACGGCGGUAGACAUCGCAGACUGGUCAAAGGUAGUUGAGCGCUUAUCCACCGCUAUUCGGUCUCCCACAGUGACGGGGUCGAAGUCGCAUCCUGCUCCGUUGUUACCCUCCAAUGAAGACGAAGAGAAGAAGGUUAAGAAGAAGACGCCCGGCUUCAACGUCCAGUUCGAGAAGCUAGAUGUCCUCUCCGCGGGGGAGAAGGAACUUCAGGGAUUAUUCUCACGGCAGGGCUCGGAAUCAUGCUCUACUGUCUUGGUGACGUUGAUGUUUACUUUGAAUGAACUCUUCUCGACGUCCAUGGCCAAGGCAACGGGGUUCUUGCUACGUAUGACGGAUCUGUUGCAGCCUGGGACGGUGCUACUUGUGGUGGAUAGUCCCGGGAGUUAUUCGACGUUGAAGUUGGGGAAGGGUGGUGAUGGCGAAGUGCGGGAGAGACAGUAUCCGAUGAAGUUCUUGUUGGAUCAUACGCUGCUUUCGGUGGCGGAGGGGAAGUGGGAACGCUUGCUGUCGCAGGAUUCGAGGUGGUGGAGGAGGGAUGCGGCUAGGUUGAGGUAUGAUGUUGGGGAGGGGGCUGGGUUGGAGGAUAUGAGGUUUCAGGUUCAUGUUUAUCGGAGGGUGGGGGAGUAGGCUUUUAUGCCUUGUUUG